AACUUAGUCGUUCCUCUUUGUUAUAAAGGGCGAGCGGCAGAACCUAUUAACUGAAGUACCGCUUUCCCUUUCUUUGCGGUUCGACUCUGAUAUUUGCUUUAAUUAAGAAACUGCUUACAAUGCCAAAAAUCCCACAAGUUAUUACAUGCAAAGCUGCGAUAUGCUGGGGGAUAGGAAAACCAGUGACGGUGGAAGAGAUAGAAGUAGAGCCACCAAAAGCAACAGAAGUUCGAGUUAAGAUGCUCUGUGCCAGUAUAUGCCACACAGACAUCUCAGGCACAAAAGGAUUUCCACAUACCAAUUUUCCUAUUGCACUUGGACACGAAGGAGUUGGUGUUAUAGAGAGUGUUGGUGAUCAAGUGACAAAUCUGAAAGAAGGGGAUGUGGUAAUUCCCACGUACAUAGGCGAGUGUCAAGAAUGUGAGAAUUGUGUUUCAGAAGAAACCAAUUUGUGUGUGACAUACCCGGUUAGAUGGACCGGUCUACAGCCAGAUAACACUUCAAGGAUGUCCGUCCGAGGACAGAGGCUAUAUCAUAUUUUAAGUUGUUCUACAUGGUCAGAGUACAUGGUUAGUGAUGCCAACUAUGUUCUCAAGGUUGAGCCAACCAUUGAUCCAAUCCAUGCCAGUUUCAUCUCAUGUGGCUUUUCAACUGGUUUUGGAGCCGCUUGGAAGGAAGCCAAGGUUGAAAGUGGAUCCAUUGUAGCCGUUUUUGGUCUCGGGGCUGUUGGAUUAGGGGCUGUAAUUGGAGCCAAAAUGCAUGGAGCAACCAGGAUAAUUGGAAUUGAUACAAAUGAGAAGAAGAGAGAAAAAGGAGAAGCUUUUGGAAUGACUGACUUUAUAAAUCCUAGUGAUUCUGAUAAAUCUACUUCAGAAUUGGUCAAGGAACUGAGUGGUGGAAUGGGUGUGGACUAUUCAUUUGAGUGUACUGGAGUUCCAACCUUAAUCACUGAAUCUUUGGAAGCAACAAAAGUUGGAACAGGUAAAGCAAUAGUAAUUGGUGCAGGAACUGAACCUAUUUUGCCAUUGGGUCUUUUGGCCAUUCUGCUUGGUAGAACUCUGAAAGGUUCGAUUUUUGGAGGCCUUAAAGCCACAUCAGAUCUUUCCGUUAUAGCUAACAAAUGCCACAAAAAGGAAUUCCCUCUUCAAGAACUCUUCACACAUGAGGUCAGUUUGGGAGAUAUACACAAAGCAUUUGAGCUAGUGAAACAACCCAAUUGUGUGAAAGUUGUCAUCAACAUGUCAUAGCAAUUGUUUCUAGUAAGACAGGAUAUCCUUAUCAAAAGUUGUGCAACUUGUAAAGAUUGACAUGCCGUAUUAGGACAGGAUAUCCUCAUCAAGAUUCACAUGCCACUAGAAACAGAAAUAUCAAAUAUGUGAGCAGGAUUCCUCAACAUCGGUCUUGCCAUCUACUAUAGGAUUUGGACCAUUUGAUUAAUUCAAGAGCUAUCUGAGUCUCUCAGUUGGAUUAAUCCAAUGAUAGAUAUUAUACCGUAAAUGGAAGACUCGUUCUAGAGGAUCCGAACGCGUAUGUGAGAGCUAUCUACUAGUUAUUUCUUUUUAUUUUCACUAAAAGAUUGUAUUUUAAAGAAUAAAGUGGAAUAAUAAUUCUUGAUUAAAAAAUUAA